AUGGAGGACAAUGCGGGCCAUGCACCAGUGAAUAUGAAGGGAUCAGUUGUGCAUGUUUUGCCCCCUGAGAACUGUGACAUUGACAUUUUAGACAAUGGAAGGACCAUCAGAGACUUCAUGGACACUAAAAUGAAAGAGCUUGGUUCAGCAGGCAUUGAAGAGCCAUUCUAUGUGGCAAAUCUGGAUAGUAUAUUUGAAAUGAACCUCAGGUGGCGUACCAACUUACCUCGAGUCAGGCCUUUCUAUGCAGUGAAGUGCAACAACGAUGCAGCGGUUUUGAGGAUGAUGAGUGCUCUAGACAUAGGUUUCGACUGUGCUAGCAAGGGUGAGAUCCAGCUGGUGCUGUCCCUCGGAGUGACCCCUGAUAAAAUCAUUUACGCGCACACAACCAAACCAGUGUCGCACAUCAAAUAUGCCUGUACGCAUGGAGUCGAUACGAUGACUUUUGAUAACUUGGAUGAACUCCUAAAAAUAUCUCUUUGUCACGCCAAAGCCAAAUUGGUACUCCGCAUCGCAGUGGAUGACGUUGCAUCCAAGGUAAGACUCAGUUUAAAGUUUGGUGCCAGACUGGAGUCAGUUGGUAAGCUGCUUGGACGUGCUAAAGAGCUGGGCUUGGAGGUCAUUGGGGUCAGCUUUCAUGUUGGCAGCGGGUGCACUGAAGCUUUGGCGUUCAAGGAAGCCAUUGCAGACGCCCGACGUGUCUUUGACAUUGGGAAUAUGUUGGGCAUUCGGAUGAGGCUCUUGGAUAUCGGCGGAGGGUUCUCUGGGAGAGAGGACUGUCAAGCUGGAUUUGAAGAGUUUUCAAAAGUCAUUAACAAAGCACUGGAUGAAUUCUUCCCGCCUGACAGUCGGGUCCAGAUUAUUGCAGAGCCAGGCCGCUACUAUGUGGAUUCAGCCUUCACACUUGCAGCGAACGUCAUUGCUAAAAGAGUUAUAGCGGAUGACAUGAAUGAACAUAGCGAUGGUGAGAACAACUGCCCUGAAAGAAUAAUGGUGUACUAUCUUAAUGAUGGAGUGUAUGGUUCCCUGAGUUGCCUUAUCAAUGAUGCUGCCCACACCACGGUGGAACCAUACCUCUACAGGGUUGUUGAGAGCAGCGAGCAGAGAUACCAAUCUGUCAUCUGGGGACCAACUUGCGACAGCAUUGACAAAGUGACCGACAGCUGCUGGAUGCCUGAGUUGGAUGUGGGAGAAUGGCUUCUCAUUGACAACAUGGGCGCUUACUCUGUCAGUUUGUCCACCGACUUCAACGGCUUUGAAAGAGCACACAUUUACCCUGUUGUGACAGCCGAGACAUGGAGCACCUUAAACCUCUCUGACAUCUACAACCUCCGUCAAUGA